AUGACAAAAGAGCGUGAUGCUUGUUCCAAGCUGACGGCGAGGAGGGAAGCUGUACAACAAACGAAGUACGAAGUGGAGUGCCAAGGUGGAACAGAGCUGUUGCGAUGCGAUUCCGCUACCACAGACAAGAAGAAAGCCGAAUGCAGGAUACGCAGAGCUACGUCGACGCUUCGACUCAUAGAACAACCCUACGCGACCCGUGGCAGGCCUCAGAGCAGUAGCGUACAGUUGCUGCGUCGGUGCUUCGCAAAAUCUGACGCACACCACAGUCCACGACGCCCACAGAUUGCCGUGUUUGUUGUCUUUGACGGUGUUUCGGAAGCCUUGGCUGACGCCGCUGCCAACACCGAAGUCCGAAGUGAUUUCGGACCGCGGUUUGACCUACCACCUAUGGUGCUGCCGGCCCCCUUUUCACAGAAAGUUUUGUCUCUUGUCUGUACCAUCGUAGUACCUUGGAGGAAAUCCCGAUUGUCGUCGGUCACACCGACUCAAGUCUCCCAUCUUCCCAUCUCGUCUUUGAAUGCUCGCUACUCGACAGUACACCCCGCUUCAGAAGGAUACUCCAAGCCCGUCGAAAGCGUCGACGCAAGCUCUUUGACCAUCAUGGUUGCACAAGGUGGCUUGUCCGCAUCGCUGGGCAACGUCUCUGCCUUUGUCUACAGCUGGACACCCAUGAUCCUGCUCAUGAGCUACUCGGUCUUCAGCUUCUUCUUCUACAUUGUCAUCCCACCCACCCUUCAAGCCGUUCUCUUCUACAUCUACCUCGUUCUCCAAACGCUCACCGCUCUCUCCGUAUCCACCGAGGCCAUGCAGUCCAUCCGACCCUCGGUCAAGGCGAGACGGGCGUUCCGCAAAGCAGCCAAGGAAGGCUGGGGCGAGACCGAGAACGGCAAGCCCUGGCCCAAGAUCGACAUUGUCCUCGUCGCCUACCUCCCCAACGAGCAGGAUAUCAUCAUGCGACAGUUACGUUACGCUCUUCGCGAGAUCAACUACCCCAGCGACAGGGUCAUGAUCAACCUCGUCUACAACACGCCCAAACCCAUCGAGCCGGUCGAAACCGAACUGCGCGAGCUGGAACAGGCACAUGCCAGAUUGCGCGUCAUCAAAGUUCCCAACUCGACCUCGAAAGCCGACAACAUCAACCACUACCUCUCGUUGGAUUUCAAGUGCGAUAUCAUCACGCUCUACGAUACCGACCACUAUCCGGAUCCGAAUGCGUUGAGAUGGGUGGCGCGUAGGUUCUUGCAAGGCGGUAUCGAUAUCAUCCAGGGACGUUGUUGCGUGUACAACUACGACGAGACUUGGUUGACGCGUUUGGUGGCGGCAGAGUUCGAUAUGAUUUACGGCGUGAUGCAUAGCGGAAGAGCAGAGGUGCAGGGGUACGGCUUUUUUGGUGGAUCCAACGGGCAUUGGAAUGCGAGUCUGCUCAAGACGUUGGGUAUGCAGAAGCACAUGUUGACCGAGGACAUUGACAGUUCCAUGCGGGCUAUCAUCUCGGGUGCACGGAUCGAGUACGAUCUCAAGGUGCUCUCCUACGAGCUCGCUCCAGAAACGCUUCCGGCUCUGCUCAAGCAGCGCCUCAGGUGGGCUCAGGGGUGGACGCAGGUGGCCUUCCGACACGCCAUCCCCGCCAUCCGUCGAGGCGCCUACAGCGACAACAACGGCAUUCGUUCCCGAAUCGGUCUCUUCCAGCUUCUCGUCUAUCGUGAGAUCUUCUUCCACAUUCAGCUCGGCUUGUUCUUCAUCCUGCUAUCGGGCUUGAUCCUCAGCUUACCCCACGAAGGUCUCAAGGCGUGGUUCAACAAUUUUGGCGGCUUCAGCCUCGCCAUGUGGAUUUUGGGGUUGAAUCUCAUCUGUCUCUUUGUGACGAUGUGCAUCACACUCAAGAACCGCUCCAACUUUACCCACCCGAUGGGCAUUAUCCUGUUUGGACUCCUCUCGCCGUUCUACUACACGGCGGUCAGCUUUUCUUCCGUCUUUUGCCACUUUAGGGAGUUUGUCAAGUUCGAAAAGUGGAACCCGACGGCUAGAGGUGCCAAGAAGCCAGCAGCAUAG